AGAAACCACCAAAAGACUUUGUAUAUCAUAUUUUUUUCAUUAGUGCUCCCCCUUGUCUUCUCCAUUAAAGUUACAGAAGAAAACAAAGAAAACUCCAAAACGGAAUCUGAAGAGAACAGCACAGAUGGCUCAUGUCAAAGCUCUCCAAGAGGAGUUUUAGAGAUUCCUACCUCAAGCAUUCAUUCUGACACUGCAAGCAGCAACGAUUCUUCUUCCUCCAUUGAUAGAUCUCUGAGUCCUGAAGGGACUGUGCUAGAAUGUCACAGCUCACAAUGGAGGAAUCUGAUCGGCGGGCUGUUGCAGAGGAAGAAGAGAAACAUCAUGAGGCUGUCGACCUUCCCGCCGGCCAUGAAAGCUUCGUGCUUGGAGAGGAAGUGCUUGGGAAUGUUUCAGAGCGGUGAAGAACAACCCAAGGGAGGAUUAGUUCAGCUGGAGAUUCCGAUGAGGAAGCCAUGUUGGAGGAAUUUCGACCUGCAGGAGCUUGUGGCGGCUACUGAUAACUUCAGUCAUGGUAAAUUCUUGUAAAUUUGAUUUAUAUUAAGUUUCAGUAGAAUUUCUGUUGAAUUAGGAUGUAAAUUUGAGUUUUUUUUUGGUGCAAAGUUUGUUUUUGGGGUAAAAUCAAG